AUGUUCGAAAGAGGAAGAAGAUCUCCAAAUGGUCACGGAGGGCCUGGCGAUACCCUCACCCUUGGCGUUGAACGGACAUUGGGCUCAUUCUUAUUGUUGCAGCUUCUCCUGUUUUUCCUAUCUGCUUAUCUUAUUGCGCAGUUGUCAUGUUCUUUUCCUUUAUGUUUUGAUGCCCGGGCAUUUUGUUGCUUACCAAGGGGUGCAGCUUAG